GCCCGAGGAGCAGCAGCAGCAGUGGAAGGGGCAUUGCGGGGUUCCAGGGCGAGCCCGCAGAGCCCGCAGCUCGGCUGGCCCCGGCAGCACCGCAUUGCCCUGCAUCGCGCAGAUCAGGAUUUCCCAUUCCCAAACCUUAUCUGGAUGGAGGAGAAGGCUGUGAGGAAGCAGAAGAUGCCCCGGGACACUGAGGCAGACAAGGAGCUGAGGAUGGAGACCAGGGAGGGCAAAUCCCCACGGCAGAACCUUGUGGAAGAGGCCUUUUUGAGCGGCUCCACGGCGCAGGAAUCCAACAGGGAGGAAAAGCCCCGGAGAUCCCGCAGGAGGAGGGGCUGCAAAUCCAGCCCAGGGUGCUCUGGGAAGGAAAGACCCACCCUGUGCCAGGAAGGCAGCCGGAGAUCUGGCCAGAGCUCUGAGGCUGUGGUCCAUGAGCAGCUUGACGAUGGCAAGAAGCCCCACCAGUGCUUGGAAUGUGGGAAGGGUUUCCUCUGGAGCCACCACCUGAUCGUCCACCGGAGGAUCCACACCGGAGAACGACCCUAUGUGUGUGGGGAAUGUGGGAAGGGCUUCAGGAUCAGCUCCCACCUGAUCGUCCACCAGAGGACCCACACCAAUGAACGGCCCUAUAAAUGUGGAGAAUGUGGGAAAGGCUUCAGGAGGAGCUCCAGCCUGAACCUCCACCAGAUGAUCCACACUGGGAUACGACCCUAUGUGUGUGGGGAAUGUGGGAAGAGCUUCCGUGACAGCUCUCGCCUGAUCAUCCACCAGACAAUGCACACUGGGGAAUGCCCCUACACAUGCUCAGAAUGUGGGAAGAGCUUCAUCGAGAACUCCAGCCUGAUUAUGCACCAGAGGAUCCACACUGGGGAGAGGCCCUACGAGUGCGGGGAAUGUGGGAAAAGCUUCAGGCAGAGCUGCCAUCUCAUUGCCCACCAGAGGAUCCACACUGGGGAGAGGCCCUGUAAGUGCAGGGAAUGUGGGAAGAGCUUCAUUGCGCCCUCCAGCCUGAUUGUCCACCAGAGGAUCCACACCGGAGACAUGCCUUACAAGUGUGGGGAAUGUGGGAAGAGCUUCAGGCAGAGCUCUGGCCUGAUUGCCCACCAGAGGAUCCACACUGGGGAGAGGCACUAUGAGUGUUCUGAGUGUGGGGAGAGGUUUCAGAGCAGAUACUGUCUCCUCAAGCAUCAGCAGAGUCACACAGAAUAGAGGCCCUUCUGCUGCCCCGACUGCGGGAAGGGCUUCAAGAAAAACUCCACCCUCAACACCCACCUAUUGGCAUUAUUUACCAGUAUUACUGAUGGGACGUGCCUUGGCUUGCCCGGCCCUGCAUCUGAACCAAACAGCGGCAAAUGAGAUGUUUUACCUCAGGGACACUCUUGGCUAGCUGGAUGUUGUGGCAGGGCAGGAGAGGACAAGUCCAGGCAUGCCGAGCCCCUGGUAAGCAGCUGGAUGGAGCUUUCCUCUGGCAGAGGGUCUGCUCCUCAGUUUCUCACUGAUGGACAGGCUUUAAGGCGAUGGUGAAGGAAGGAGUCAGUUUUGAUAGAGGGUUUCAAUCCAGGGGUUUUAUUCUGGGCCAUGUGGCCCCGUGAAUCUGGCAACAGCUCCAAGAGACUUCGACCACAUGGUCUGCAUGCCCUUUAAUCUGGGGGAAAGGGGGAGGGGACGGAGAGGAAACCCACCAACCAGGUACAGGGCAGGCAGGUCUCAGGUGAAAGGGACACCUGGAUGGGCCAAUGGCCCCCAGGGGUAGAAGGCAUCUUUUGAACUCUGCCAAUCACUCAACACCCUUCUGGAAUGCCCGGACUGACAGACAGGCCUCAGCAGGGGUCAGGGUGGGAGGAAAGGAGAGGUGAUUGGCACCUGGGGAAGGACCGGGACAGCUGAGGCAGGCUAUGAUGUCACACUGUAACACCCGCCAGCAGAUCCACACUGGGGAGAGGCGCUAACAGUGUCCCAAGUGUGGGAAGAGCUUCUCCCAGAGCUCUGCCGUGACCCAGCACCAAGGGAGGCAGCAGUAAGGGAAGCCCUACAAGUGCCCCGUGUGCGGGAAGGGCUUUGAGCGCUGCUCCAACUCCAUCCCCCAUUGGAGCACCCCCGCUGGAUGGUCCACAGUGACCCUCGUUGGGCAGAGACUUGCUGGUCCUGGUGGUCCAUGUUAGAAGACACCUGGCUGGUGGUCUCCACAACUUCCUUCCUUCCAUAAGGCUCCCCUUGGGCACUUGGAUGCAGCAGGAGAAAAAUCCACUGGGAUGCAAACCGACAUCAGGAAUUCAUUUGGGAUAGCACAGUUUUUUACUUUUGACCCCAAAAAAAUCUCACCUUUUGCAUCCAAUCAUUUCUUGUGGUGGCAUCAAAGAAUACUGGAUGGUAUUGGAGGUCUUCUCCAACCUGAAUCAUUCUGUGAUUCUAAUUCUCUGGCCCACAGGCAUCUUUCACAGCCAAAUGGUGAUGGACUGGAGCAAAAAACCAGGAUUUUGGAGACAAAUGGAGUCGAAAUCCCUCUAAUAAAGAUCCUUCCUACCCACCCAAGCACAUGGAAACUCAGCCAGCAUGGACACGUAAAUCCUUUUAUUUUGGCCUUGAUUUUCUUUCAUUUUUCUAAAUCCCUUCACCCAACAUUGGGGUAAAAAUAAAGACAUUCAACUAA